CCGACUCAGGCAGACUUUCUCAAAACUUUCCCUGCUUUAGAGUCUAACUGUCCUGGAAAAAAAAACAAAAACCCACAGUGUUCAGGUCUGUAACACCACAGCAGACGAGCAUCAGUUCAAUCUGAGGAGAUCUGACAAUGUCUUGGAAUACACUGCUGGUGAACUCUGAGUGGGAUUAUUUAUCAGACAGACGUAUGGAGUACAAACAACUUUAAGCGCUGACAAGAACUGUCCCGCCUUCACAACACCACUGCCCUGAGGACUGAGCACUGGCGAUCCACAAUGAGAGAUCGCUUGGAAGAGCUGCAGCAGAGGGCCCACGAGUUCUCCGGGACAGCAAUUGAAAUAACCGACCCCGUCUCAGUGAAGGGCGAGGAUGAGUGGGACGACGCUAUGGAGGUGGAGAUCACAAUGCCACAGGCCGUGGUGUUUGAGGAAGAGCCGGUCAUAGAGAACUACUUGUCUGAGGCCCAGAAAAUCCGAGAUGACAUCACAGUGCUGGAGAACGAGAUCCAUCAGCUCACACAGCAGCAGAAAACCCUGGUGGCAACCAUGCGCCGCUUCAGUGUGAUGAAGAAAGAGAGCAGCAUUACACGAGACAUCAAGCUCCAGGCCGAAAGCCUCCACCGGCGACUAGACGCACUGUCAAAACAAGUGGAAAGAACCGAGGACCAGCAGGGACCAUGUGCAGUUACAACAAGAAUUCAACGCUGCCAGCAUGCAGCACUCUACUCCAAAUUCCAGCAGGUAAUGCGGCAGUAUAACGAAGACCUGCUGACAAAGCAGGAGCGCUGCAAGGACUUCAUCGUUCGGCAGCUGGAGGUCCUGGGCCGGGACGUGACGGAGGACGAGGUGAAUGAGAUGGUCGCCGCGGGGAAGUGGGAGGUCUUCAAUGAGAACCUGCUGAACGACGCCAGAAUCACGCGAUCGCAACUUUCUGAGAUCGAGCAGCGGCAUAAGGAGCUGUUGAGUCUGGAGAACAACAUGAAGGAGCUGAGGGACCUGUUCAUGGACAUUUUCAUGCUGGUGGAGGAACAAGGGUCUUACAUGGAGCACAUCCAGACCAACGUGGAGCGAACGCAGGACUAUGUGGCGGCGUCGAACGAGAAAUUCAAGCUGGCAGCCAGGUAUAAGAAGAACAACCCUCUGCGGAAGCUGUGCUGCUGCUGCUGCCCUCCCUGGAGAUGCUGCUUAUAAUGCAUUACAACAUAUUACCUCAUCCCAUCUAUUUAUGUAUGUAUAUAUA